CCUUCCUUCCCUCUUCACACUUUCACUCUCUUCAAGUCUAGCCAUGUCUCCGCCCAUUUCAGGAAAGAACAAGUCCGAGUCCGGUAUGGCCCGUUUCGCCGGUAGCGCCAGCUCUGGUAUCCUUGAAUUGAUCAUCUUCCAUCCCGUCGACACCGUCGCCAAGCGUUUGAUGAGCAAUCAGAAGCAGAUCUUCCUUCCUGGCAAUACCAUGGCUGCCAACAUGGCCGCUUUGAACCAAGUCGUCUUCAAGGAUGCCGCUCAAAAGACGUUCAUGAAGAAGUAUGCUUCCUUAUUCCCUGGUCUUGGAUUUGCUGCUGGUUAUAAGGUUGCACAGAGAGUGUACAAGUUUGGUGGUCAGCCUUUUGUCAAUGAUUACCUCAACCGUCAUCACAAAGCCAUGUUCACCUCGGCUUUUGGUGAAAAGACUGGCAAGACCAUCAUGCACGCCACUGCUGGCAGUCUGGUGGGUAUUGGUGAGAUUGCUUUGCUUCCCUUGGAUGUCUUGAAGAUCAAGCGUCAGACCAACCCUGAAGCUUUCCGUGGUCGUGGUUUCUUGACGAUUGUGAAGGAUGAAGGUAUGGGCUUAUACCGUGGUGCCGGCUGGACCGCGGCUCGUAACGCCCCUGGUUCCUUUGCUUUGUUCGGUGGUUCCGCCUUUGUGAAGGAGUACAUGUUCUCUUUGCACGAUUACAGCCAAGCCACUUUCUUCCAGAACUUCUGUGCUUCGAUUGGUGGUGCCGUGGCCUCCAUCACUGUGGCCGCGCCUUUGGAUGUCGUCAAGACCCGUAUCCAGAACCGUAACUUUGAAAACCCAGAAUCCGGAUUGAACAUUAUCAAGGACUUGAUUAAAAAGGAAGGCUUCCACGGCUUCUUCAAGGGUUUGACACCCAAGAUCUUGGUGGUUGGUCCCAAGUUGAUUUUCAGUUUCACUGUGGCACAACAGUUGAUCCCCAUCUUCCAUCGUCUCUUCAACGGUGAAUCCAAGGCUUAAAAUUUGCUUGUUUUUACCCAUGUAUAGAAUUCAGUUUCAAUAUAUUAUCAGCUCAUAUGCAUAUUGUUUUUAUUUCAUCCGAUGUCUUGCUCCUAUUUUCUUUUCGCCUUCUUCAUG